AACUAUAUACUAUAUAGGUAGUCAGAUACUAAAUACUAAAUAGGCUAUAAGUUAAUUCUGCGGUACUUACCGCCGGCGACCAAAGACAGUUAACGACGAACUUGUAGCGACGCGGAAUUUUGUUUACCCAUUAAACAUGUUCCGACAGCGCGUGAAAUUCAUCAGUUGGUUCGUUUAUGAAUCAUUCGCACGAACUAUUGGAUAUCAACAGGCUCGCCGUGCAGUCAAAUCUUCACCAAACUUCCGGAUUCCAGUGGUAUUGGGCCUAUCCUUUCCUUUCUUUGGCAACAACAAGGCAAGUUUAACCAAAGUUAAUGAACGCGAUUCAACCAUUGACGACGAUAAACUAGUCUUGCAGCAAAAACUUGUUGAAGCUGAUCAGCUAUUUCUAGCGAACAAGUAUGAAGAUGUAGUACGUCUACUUGGAGAGUAUAAGGACAAAAAUAAUGUACAAGUACUAUGGCGUUUGAGCAAAGCUGAGUAUAAUAUGAGUUUAGAUGAAAACAUUAGCAAGGAGAAAAAAAAAUCUUUGAUAUCAUCAGCACACGAAUCUAUUAUUAAAGCAUUAAGCAUUGAUUCAAAUAUAUCAGAAGUUCACAAAUGGGCUGCUGUCUUAAUUGAUGCAUACAGUAAUAUCAAUUUAGGAAUUAAAGAACAAUUACUUAAAUUGGAAACUGUAAAAUUUCAUUUGCAAAGAGCUUUAGAACUAAACCCAAAAGAUCCAUUUUUAAGAUACAUGAUUGGAUAUUGGUGUUACAAUCUUGCUGAUAUCUCUUGGUUUCGGAGAAAGCUUGGAUCAAUUAUAUUCGAUACUGAAAUUCCUACGUCCACAUAUGAAGAAGCAUUGGAAUAUUUUAGAGAAGCUGAAUCAAUUCAACCAAAAUUUUACUGCAAAAAUCUUCUUAUGUUGGGCAAAACAUUUUUGAAAAUGGAUAAUAAGUUUAGUGCUGAGUAUUAUCUGAAACUAGUCACUCAAUAUCCUGUCAAAACUGUUGAAGAUCAUCAGGCCAAAAUUGAAGCAGAAAAAAUUCUCAGAUCAUCAUUUGGGUAAUAAUAAAAAAAUUUUUCUACGAUUUUAAGACAACUACAAUAUUAUUAUCACCAACGCCUUUUGAAAAAACUAAUUUAUGUGUACAAUUAAUAUUUUUUCUACAAUAUUUUUCAAUAUAUUUUAUUGUAGAUAUAGCUCCAGAGUUUAGUCUCAAUUCUCCAAUAGUCUUCAAAUUAUAGCCUUUAGCUCAAGUUGAAAAUAUUUCUAUAUAUGUAUAUAUGUACAGUAGAAUUCGCUUAAUUAGGAUACUGCAUAAAGGGGACAACCGCUUAAUGGGGACAAAUUGGCAUAGUUCCAAAUAAUAUAUUUGAUUAAGGAAAUUUAACUAACUUCAUUUAUCUGGGACAAAAAUAAAAGCAUCUAAUUAGAUAUUCUGAUCUAAACUAUCUAAUUUUUAUGGUUCUAUUAUAUAGGUAAUUUAAAUUAUGUCAAUAAUUUCUUUUUCUUCUAUUACUACAAUAAUAGUCGACUAGUCUAUGUACAAAAUCGAAAAACUUUAGUUUUAGUUUUUCGUCUUUGUGUAUUAACAUAUAUGUGUUUUUAUUGAUCUCAGCUUGUGUUAAUACAUAACAAUUAUGUCUUGUAAAGAUUUAACAUUGAUUGAAAAAAAUUUUAUACUGGAUAAAAUUAAGGCUCAACCUCAUAAAACUAGUCUUCGUAAUUUAGAGAAAUUAAUAGGCAUGUCUAAAUUGGCACUAAGCUGAUUGAAAAAAAAUGAAAAAACUAUUAGUGAACAAUGGGAAAAAUUAAACAACAAUAAAAGUGCACUUGUAAACAGAAAAAUAAAGCAAGAAGGCAAAGAUAAACGAAAGUAAACAAAGCCAUGAACAAAUAGUUUUCUGCUGUUAUAGAACGUGGUGUUUGUAUUUUAAUUUUCUCCUUAGGACAUUUAUAAUGUUGACGAGACUGGUUUAUUCUACCGAGCGACUCUAAAUAAUUCUUUGUACUAUAAACAUGAAACACUCAAAGUAUCAAAAAAAGCUAUAGAUCAUAUAACAGUUUAAUGUUGUAAUAUGACAGGCACAGAUAAAAAAAAAGCUGUUGAUAAUUGGAAAGUUUGCAUAUUCAAGAUGUUUCAAAAAUAUAAAAAUAACAAACUUGCCUGCUUUUUAUCUAGCGAAUAAAAAUGCAUGGAUGACAGUAGAAAUAUUUACAUUGUGUUUAAAAGACUGAGACAAAGAGCUUGGAAAACAGUCAAGGAAAAUUGUAUUAAUUGUUGAUAAUGCUGAACCACAUCCUCACUUGAAAAAUUUAAAAAAUAUCACACUUAAGUUUUUGCCUCCAAGUACUACUUCUCUCAAUAUGAAGAUCAUUAAAAAUUUAAAAAUUCAUUACUGUGGACUGCUGGUAGCAUACAUUUUGAAAGCUAUUGAAGAUAAUUUAGUGACUCCAUCUACAUGUACUAUAGAUAUCAGUUAUAAAAUAAACAUUCUACAAGUAAUACAAUUUGUCGCUGACAGCUAGAGAAAAGUGUCGUCUGUUAUGAUUGAGCAUUAUUUUGCACAUGGCGGUUUCAGACCUCUGAUUGAUCUACUUAUUCCUUCUUUUGUUUCUAUUAAAAAUGACAAGCCCUAUGCAUAGGAAAUGGAGAGUUAUUUUUAAAAAUUGAUGAUGGUGUGCAGUGUUUCAAUGUAAAUGAGAAUUACAAUUAUAUUCUUGACGAAAUUGCUGAAAGGAAACUGCAAAAUGAAGAAAGUGAUAACAAUGACUACGUUAACCCGUCACAAUUACAACAAGAGAAACAGAAAAGUGCAUUGAUCAGCUAAGACUAUAUUUCAUGUUAAAUGAAAACAAAAAUGUUCCAACAACUUCGCUAGACGUUUGUGCAGAUUUUAUCAAUAUGCAAAGUCUUAAUAAAUUACAGCAAAUAAGAAUGGAUGAUUUUCUGGAGUUUAACAAAAUAUAAAUUAAGUAUGAUAAUCAAUUAAUUUAUAAUAAAUAUGUAAUUUUUAAUUAAAGUUAUUAUGUAUGUACAUAUGUUUAUGCACUUUAAUGGUUUAGAUCUAUUAGUUGUUUAGUUAAUCAGGACAGUCGGAUAAUAGGAAUAAAUAGGUCACCGCCCAAUGUAUCCUAAUUAAACGGAUUCUACUGUAUAUAUAUAUAUAUAUUUUAUUAUUAUUUACAUAUAAACUAUAUCUUAUAAGUAACUUGUUAUUUGAUUUAUUUAAAAAAAAAAAAAAAAUUAUUUCAACUAAACCGUUAUUUCAUAUAUAUUGAUUAGGUAUUGUAGCUUCAAGUAUCUGGCUUUAUAUGAGCUGUAGUGUAAUAUAUAAGUGUCUUAUAGUCUAUGAUAUUAGUCUUACAUUUAAUUAGCUAAAGCCUUAAGUUACCUUUUUUACUGAUACUAGUCCUACACUCUAUGUAAUAUACUUUAAUCAUAAAAUUUAUAAAUAAAGAUUUUGUGGUUAAUAAGUUGAAAAUAAGCUAGUAAU